CGCCGCGGGGCGACUGACAGACUCUCACACACACGUACCACAGCAGCUCCGCGUCCAGCGCCUCGAGGCGCAGCCCCUCAGCCCUCCGUGGCCAACAGCUUCCCGCGGCCGCGCGGCCGGGCCUGUGCGCGGCGCGGCGCGGGCUCGCGGACGUCCGGAGAGCGCGCGCGCCGCCGCCGGGCCGCCCCGCAGCUGCUGGCCGCGGACUUGGAAGCUGAUGGCUUUGGCCGAGCGGCUGAAGGCGGCGAGUGCCGCUGCUGCAGCUGUCGCCACCGAGGCCUCGGUCGGCUCCUGGUCACGAAAGGAGCCAGAACCUUGAAGCAAAAAAAGAUCUGGAUCAGAGAAAAAAGUGUUCCCCGGCCAUGCAAGCUGGUUACAGCCACCUGCACAGUCCUGCAGGCCCCGCAGGCUCAGAGGAAGCCCUGGGCUCCCACUGUGUCCACACAGGACGGACCGGGGAUGGUUCUUGUCUUCAUUCUGGAGAUGUUCACAUCCAGAUGAACUCCACACCCAAAGAAUCUGUCGGAAAUCAAAGCUCCAGGACUGUGAGGACAGCUGGUGCCCACAGCUGUAGCCAAGGCUGUGUCCACAGUCGCUUCCGGAGUCACUCGCACAGCGAGGCCAGGCCGCCCGAGGAUCAUGCCACCGAGGCGGGAGAACAGGGAAGCGGUUCCUUCUCCGAAUUCCGCUCUCUCUUCAAGUGGUUGCAAAAAAGUCUUCCAUAUAUUUUGAUUCUGGGUAUUAAGCUCGUUAUGCAGCAUAUAACAGGAAUUUCUCUUGGAAUUGGGCUGCUAACAACUUUUUUGUAUGCAAACAAAAGCAUUGUAAAUCAGGUUUUUCUAAGAGAAAGAUCCUCAAAGAUUCAAUGUGUCUGGCUACUGGUAUUCUUAGGAGGAUCUUCUGUUCUUUUAUAUUACACCUUUCAAUCUCAGACACUCUAUUACAGCUUAAUUUUUUUAAAUCCUACUUUGGAUAAUUUGAGCUUCUGGGAAGUACUUUGGAUUGUUGGAAUUACAGACUUCAUUCUGAAAUUCCUCUUCAUGGGCUUCAAGUGCCUUAUUUUACUGGUGCCUUCUUUCAUCAUGCCAUUUAAAUCCAAGGGUUACUGGUACAUGCUUUUAGAAGAAUUAUGUCAGUGUUACCGAACUUUUGUUCCCAUACCAGUUUGGUUUCGUUACUUUGUAAGCUAUGGGGAGUUUGGUAAUGGGACUAGAUGGAGCCUUGGGAUACUGCUGGCUUUAUUCUACCUCAUUCUAAAACUUUUGGACUUUUUUGGACAUCUGAGAACUUUCAGACAGGUUUUGAGAAUAUUUUUUACACGACCUAGUUACGGAGUGGCUGCCAGCAAGAGACAGUGUGCAGAUGUGGAUGAUAUUUGUUCAAUUUGUCAAGCUGAAUUUCAGAAGCCAAUUCUUCUCAUCUGUCAGCACAUAUUUUGUGAGGAGUGUAUUGCUUUAUGGUUUAACAGAGAGAAAACCUGCCCACUGUGCAGAACUGUCAUUUCAGAUCGCAUCAACAAAUGGAAGGAUGGAGCCACGUCAUCACACCUUCAGAUAUAUUAAAUUGUAUAAACUGUUAAGGCCACAAAAUACUAAUUUCAUUUGGUUACUGACUGUUAAUAAAGGUGUUACAAUGGUUUUUCAGAGUUACAAGAAAAUAUUUCCAAGCUGUUUCAGAACAGUGUGGUAAGACUUACACGUGUAGUCCAAUUUAACUAAAGAAUAAAUGAAAGAAUUCUGUAUUUUAAAAAAAAUACCUAUUACUUAUUAUAAUGAAUAUACUUUUAUUCUAUCCUAAUUAUUUGGCAGGUGAUUGUAGUGUUAAUGAGUAAAUGUAUUUUCUUUCUGAUGCUACCAAGACACCAGCUGGAAACUAGAAUUAGUGGUCUUACAGGAAUUCAGCUAUUCUUGACAUUAUUUUUCAGAAGAAUAUUUUUCAUAAUAUUUUAAGGUAUAUGUUAUCUGAAUUUUCUUCAGUAUCAACUUUUAUAAUUCCCAUUUAAACUUUAUUAAAUUUCAAAAAACCUUGUAUUUUUAAAUGAAAGUUCUAAAUGCUAUAUUUUGCCUAUAAGAAUCAGAUUUUCUAAGGAUAUUUUAAUCUUGCAUUCACUGAGUUAAUAAUAAAUGAUUUUAAAUGAU